AUGCUUAAUUUGACCAAACAAGGCAUCAGCACAGAUCAUGAGAACUUUGGUUCAUUUUUCUUCAUAAUGGACAACCUCAAAAGCAAGACAACUGAGCUAGUGGUAGCUCUGACCAGGAGGGUUGGAGAGAUCAUGGGCAAUUCAUCUGAACUAGGUGUCCUUCAAGAUGGUAGAGUUGAAACUGAAUUACUGCAUAAAGCUAGGAUGAGAAUAGCAGUACAGCUUUGGCAGUGCUUGGAAUCACUGGCUGAUAAUUUAACCUUCAAUGAUGGGUCAAUUUCAGAAUAUGAAAUCACCCAGGCCACCCUGACCAUUGCACAUGCCAUGGUCAACCCCAAUAGACUGAAGAAGUUCUUCCCUGAAGUAGCACUUAGCAAAAUUUCAGUUCCAACAACAGUUAUAGACAGGUACAGAAAAUUUUUAGUGGUUUACCUCCCUAAUAUUUUGACACCUUCUUGCCUAGAGCAUGUCAACCACAUCACUGUUGGCUUGAGGGAUACUCUUCUCAAAUCCCUUACAAAUAAGGACACUUGGAGGGAUGAGGGCUAUAUGGUCCCAGAUGGUGGGGGGGAGUUUGGGGCUGGUAGAAUAACAGUGGUUCCUGCAUACUUCAUGCAAAGACAAGAGAUAUUAUCAGGGAAGGUCCAACAAUGGAUGGCAGCUUUGACAACAUCAGGAGUUCUAUGGAAUGCUAUAACUGCUGUGGUGGCACCAGAUCUUUUCCAAGCUAGCAUUUCAGCAUUUUCUGAGGUCAUCAAGGAAGUGUGA